CACGUGAGUCUGGUUGGUGUUUUAGAUUGUGCUUGUCACAAGCCCCUGUUUUUCCUCAUCUGCCCCUCCCAAAGAAAAACACCUAGAAAUUUACAUUGAAAAAAGGAAGAAAAAAAAUCGAAGCUUUGAGCCAUGAAAAACAUUAUAUGAAUGCUUUAAAUUCAAUUCCCAUGUCGAGAUCAUUGAUUCAACGCAUUUCUCCAUUUUUCAUAGCUCGAAUCAAGCAAAACCAUAAGCUUCUAAGCUCUUCUUUUUCUUCAUCUUCUUCAGCUCUUCAUGAGGCUUCUUCUGAAUCUCCAUCUCCUUCCCUCGAUGCAGUUCACAUGACUGAUAAUUGCAUAAAGAGAAUGAAAGAAUUGCAAGCAAGUGAGCAAUCAUCUGAUCAUAAGAUGCUUCGAUUGAGUGUAGAAACCGGUGGAUGUUCGGGGUUUCAAUACGUGUUUGAUUUGGAUGACAAAACAAACCCAGAUGACAGAGUUUUUGUGAGGGAAGGGGUAAAGUUGGUAGUUGAUGAUAUUUCCUAUGAUUUUGUAAAAGGAGCAACCAUCGAUUAUGUCGAGGAGUUAAUUCGUUCUGCAUUCGUGGUGACGACAAAUCCUAGUGCAGUUGGAGGGUGCAGUUGUAAAAGUUCAUUCAUGGUGAAACAGUAGAUGUUUCAAGCACAUUGCUCAUAGUAAAUCAAUUUUUUUUUUGUCAUAACAUUUAUUUAGUUGCAAAAUAAUAUGCAUACUUUGGUCUCGUAGUUCUAUGUUGUUUGGAUUCGGGAUGGAUAUCAUAAUGUAAGAAUGGCUGCUGAUUAUCUGGUAACGAGGAAUUUCCUCUCAAUGAGAUUGGUUACUCUUUUAAUCUUUUCUCUAAAA